AUGCCCAGGUCUCUACCCAAGUCCGCCUCACGCGAAGAGGAAGAGGCCGAUGCCCACCCUAUCGCCCGAACAGCUCCUGCGUCCCCGGCUGCCUACCGACGAUCUCAAAGCUACCUCUCCGAAACACAUACAGAAUACCAAUCUCUUGAUCUCCCUCCAGCGGUCACUGAAACUACCAGUCUGCUAGCCCCCGUGCCCGAUCCUCGACGGCGAGCUCCCCAGCGUUCAUAUACCAAUACUUCCGGGCUGUCGGGUGGAGCCCCAGCCCCAGACUCGUUCAGGCACCUACUGGCGGCCGGCAGCCUGCGUCGAACACGAAACCACAGUCGCACCAACUCGGUGGGUAAGAGACUCAGCCGACGAGGAAGCAUAGACGGAGAUAGUGGGCCAGCCAGCAUUCCGCCCUCGACAAAAGACAACCUCACCGCCUCCUCGUUCUUGGAUGAGCGGACUUGGUACGACCAGUUCACUUCGACAGACUGGGUGCAUGACAGUAUCGCAGAUGGAACUCGUUUGCGGUUGCUGCGCCAGCGCAAAGAUGUCCGAGGUCGACUUUUGGCUGCAUUUGACGGCGCACAGGGGUGGAUCUUAGUCGCUCUUAUUGGUUGCAUAACUGCAGCUAUUGCAUACUUUGUUGAUGUCACAGAAGGCGCUAUAUUUGACAUCAAGGAAGGCUUCUGCACGACUCAGUUCUUCCGCAGUCGACGAACCUGCUGCCAGGGGCAGGCGAUUUGCAAUUCAUGGCAGUCUUGGUCGAAUAUAUUCCAGUCCUCCAGCGAAGAGAACAUGUGGAUUGACUAUUUCAUGUUUGUAUUCUGGGUUGUGGCUUUAGCACUCAUAUCAUGUGCUCUGACCUUGCUCACCAAGACUGUCGUCCCCUCGUCGAUUUCUCUGGCCACUCUUGACGAGAAUCUCGGCGCAGACUCCCGAGGCACUCGAUCUGGAAAUGGGUUCAGUGCUUUGGCCUCGCCUCUCUCGGAGUCAGAGUCGGACCCACCACCGCAUGGAAGUCUGCCUAACAAUCCAUCACGCCCUGCAAUGAUAUACUACUCUGCUGCUGGCAGCGGAGUUGCAGAGGUCAAGGUAAUCAAUAGCGGUUUCGUCCUACAUGGAUAUAUGGGACUGAAGACGCUUGUUAUAAAAACCAUCGGAUUAAUCUUCAGUGUUUCCUCGGGUCUGAGCUUGGGUAAAGAAGGCCCAUACGUUCACAUUGCUACCUGUGUGGGCAACAUCUGCUGUCGUCUAUUUGCCAAGUACAACCAAAACGACGGUAAAAGACGAGAAGUGCUGAGUGCCAGUGCUGCCAGCGGCGUUGCUGUUGCUUUUGGAGCCCCGAUCGGAGGUGUUCUCUUCAGCUUAGAAGAAGUCAGCUAUUAUUUCCCACCCAAGACCCUCUUCCGAACAUUCUUUUGCUGCAUCGCAGCCACUCUUUCCCUCAAAUUCCUCAAUCCAUAUGGAACAGGCAAGAUUGUCUUGUUCGAAGUGCGAUACCUGUCUGACUGGGAGAUAUUUGAGAUCUUCAUUUUCAUCGCCCUUGGUAUCAUGGGAGGUGCAGCUGGUGCACUAUUUAUCAAAGCCUCGAGCUGGUGGGCCCGGAACUUCCGUCGCAUUCCCGUAAUUAAGAAGUGGCCUAUGCUCGAGGUCUUCCUUGUUGCACUUCUUACAGGUGUUGUCAGCUUCUGGAACCGAUACACCAAAAUCCCAGUCACAGAACUUCUCUUUGAGCUGGCCACUCCUUGUGAGACCGAUGUGGAAAGCACGGGGCUAUGCCCUAGAGCAGAUGGUAUUAUGGAAAUCAUCAAGUAUCUGAUGGUAGCUUUUGUCAUCAAGAGUUUCCUUACCAUUGUCACGUUUGGCAUCAAAGUCCCCGCAGGCAUAUACGUGCCAUCCAUGGUGGUCGGUGGAUUGAUGGGACGAAUUGUCGGACAUUUGAUCCAAUAUUGGGCUCUCAAACACCCCUCAUUCUUUUUGUUCGACUCUUGUCCUGCUGGUACCGGAAUCGAGACGUGUGUGACUCCGGGUGUCUAUGCGUUGAUUGCCGCUGGAGCAACCAUGUGUGGUGUGACCCGAUUGUCAGUCACUCUGGCGGUCAUUCUGUUUGAAUUGACGGGGAGUCUUAACCAUGUUCUCCCAUUCUCCCUGUCGGUACUCUGUGCCAAAUGGACUGCAGAUGCCAUCGAGCCUCGCAGCAUCUACGACCUUUUGACUGAUAUGAACUCAUACCCCUUCUUGGACAGCAAACUCCAGCCCACAUCCGAUGCCGUACUGGGGGACAUUGUUCGACCAUUCAGAAAGAACCGCAUCAUAGAUAUCUCCGACUCACCGUUUGUAUCUGCUACAGAUCUACGAUCAAGAUUGGAGCAUUUGCUCAUGGCUGGUGAACUGGACAGCGGACUACCAAUCUUGCGCAACGGCGUCUUGAACGGUCUCAUUCCGGCACCUGAUCUUGAAUACGCUCUGGACAACAUGGUUGACAACGAAGACAAUACCGUUUGUCUUAUGUCCAUUGAUUCUUCCGUUGCUGUCUAUGACAGUGAUUUAGAGGAUGCUGAGCAGGUAGAUUUCAGUCCCUUCAUUGACGUGGCUCCAAUUGCUCUUGAUGUCCACUCAUCCAUCGAUUUAGUCUACCAGUGCUUUGCCAAACUCGGUCUUCGGUACCUGUGUGUUACCCUCGACGGCAAAUAUACCGGCCUGGUACACAAGAAGUCAUUCGUCAAAUUUAUGAAGGAGAAUAGCGACUAG